AUGUCACUUUUAUAUUAUUCUUCAUCAACCGAAUAUGAAUUAUACCAAUUUCAAUCGACGUACAAUACUGCCGCAAUGACCGCCCCACGAUAUUACCUUCCAUCAAGACAAUUUAUUUCGCAAAGCGUUUUAAGACUAUUUUAUGAAAAGCAAGUUGAACUUUGUCAUUUUUUUAAUACAAGUCAGCAAAAAUUUGUGAUUACGACAGACGCUUGGACCUCAUGCACCAACCUUGGAUUUCUCGCCAUUACCCUUCAUUGGAUUGACGAAACCUGGACCAUGAAACGAAUCUUACUAGAUAUGAUACCACUACACGAACGACAUACCGGUAAUUAUCUAACUGAAAAAAUCGUAGAGACGAUUUCAUCUUACAACAUUGGCUCUCGAAUUGUUUCUGCAACCACCGACAACGCAUCUAAUAUGGAGCUAUUCAGACGUGUAUUUCGUAAAAAGCUUCACUCUGAACAUGGUAACAAGGACUUUGAACAUGUCCGCUGUGCAGCUCAUGUAUUGAACCUUGCGGUUUUUAAGGAUAACCCUGCUUUAAGAGACCGGUAUCUUAAUGAAGCCAAAUGGCAUGAAAUUGAGGCUAUAGUUAUAUUACUUGAGCCUAUGGCGAAAGCGAUGCCAAUUUUAUCAUCAUCGUCUC